AUGUUCUCAUACAUUGUCGCCGUCGUAGCAGCGCUCCUCUUCCUCUCCGACCCAAUAUCACGCUUCCUAUCACCCGACGGAGGAGGCAGUAGACGCUCAUCGUCGUUGGGACCCUUGUCCCCCCGUCCCCGUCUAAACGAGGACCUCCUCGCCAUCGACGCACCCAACGCCACGACACCUCAAUGUCCCGAAGACAGCUACGUAGCCCACGAUAAACCCAGCUAUCCGAUCUUUGAACCGGCCCUCAUCGGCUCUCAGGAUCAAGAACGUGACGCCUCCAUCCGCGACUCUCACGUUGCCCUGCUCCCCCGCACCGACACCGUGCGCUGCAUAGAGAGGCGAGCCAUGGCCGUCCAGGGGUGGCGUCGCGAUGCGUGGAUCGAGAGGCUGCGCACCCAGCGUUACGACGCACCCUCCGGACACUACGCUCACCACUACGACUGGAACGUGCACAGGGGUGGGUGGGGACGUGUGAGCAGCUUCAUGGUCUGGGUCGACGACCAGACGCCCGGCCAGCAGGCCGGCGUGGAGCUCGAGGGCGGAGGUACCGAGUUCCCCCUCCUGCCGCGUCGGUGGGAGGGCGAUCGCUGGUGUCGUUUCGUCGAGUGUCCUCCCCCUCUUCCCGCCGACGAUGGCACCGGUGCCGGGAAUGGGACGGCCGUGGGCACCACCUUCAAGGUCGUGCCUGGGAACGCAGUCUACUGGGAGAACUUCACGCCAGACGGUCGUGGAUUCGAGGAGACGUGGCAUGCUGGCCUGCCGGUGACGAGGGGGACCAAGGUCGGGCUGAAUAUCUGGACAUUUGGGAGGAUCGAGUAG